AUGGUCAACCUAAUCAGUAAGCGGACAACUGGCUUUGACAUGGCUCCAAAAUAUACUGCUCCAUUGCUUCGAGGCUCAGGUGAAUUACGUCAAUUUGAGGCGAUUAUACUAAUUUCGUCUAUCUUUGCUCAAUCAGGCUAUAAUAAGUAUGGCCAGCUUGGUAGAGGUAUUACCAGUGAAGGCCUUCGGUGGGCUUGUGUAAUUAAUGGGUAUGCUAGGUUCCUUGAUGAAGCCCCAGAGCUUGUGAAGAUUAUCCAAGUGUCAUGCGGAGAGGACCACUCAGCAGCCAUGUCGGAGGAAUGCGAGAUGUUAUUCGUCCAAGUUUCUUGUGGGGGUGUUCAUGUGGUUGCUCUGUUAGAAGAUGGCUUGCUACCAGCAUGGGCUAUACUUGGGGACUUGGAAGCAUGGGCCAACUUAGGCAUUGUUCACUUCAAUCCAGUGACAAGGAACUGUUGCCUAGGCGUGUAG